UGCUUUUGGGCUAACUUUCCUCUUAAUUUCUGUCUUUGUGUCAUAAAGAAAAGGGUCAUUUCUGAUAAAAAGUACAGUGAGCAACGCCUGGAUGUCCUUUCUGCUUUGGUGUUGGCUGAGAACACCCUCAAUGGGCCCAGCACAAAACAGAGGCGACUGAUUGUUUCCCUUGCGUUAAGUGUGGGAACACAGAUGAAAACUUUCAAAGAUGAAGAACUCCUUCCCCUCCAGCUAGUUCUGAAAAAACUAGACUUGAUCAGUGAACUUACGGAGAGAGUUCGAGCACAAUGUGACUGUUGUUUCUUAUACUGGCAUCGAGCAGUCUUUCCAAUCUAUUUAGAUGAUGUGUAUGAAAAUGCAGUUGAUUCUGCUAGACUGCAUUAUAUGUUUAGUGCACUGAGGGACUGUGUUCCUGCUAUGAUGCAUGCAAGACAUUUGGAAUCUUAUGAGGUGCUUCUGGAGUGCUAUGACAAAGAAAUCAUGGAAGUGCUCAAUGAGCACUUGCUGGACAAAUUAUGUAAGGAGAUAGAGAAGGACCUACGCUUGUCAGUUCAUACACACCUAAAGUUGGAUGACAGAAAUCCCUUCAGAGUUGGUAUGAAGGAUCUAGCUCACUUCUUCUUUCUCAACCCAAUACGUUUUUUCAAUCGAUUCAUUGAUAUAAAAGCUCAUGUAACUCACUAUUUGGACAAGACCUUCUACAACUUAACAACUGUGGCUCUACAUGACUGGGCUACCUACAGUGAAAUGAGAAACCUAGCAACUCAGCGCUAUGGUUUAAGUAUGACUGAAGCACAUCUUCCCAGUCAGACUCUGGAACAGGGUCUGGAUGUUUUGGAAAUCAUGAGAAAUAUUCAUGUGUUUGUAUCUCGCUACCUCUACAAUCUGAAUAAUCAGAUCUUCAUUGAAAGAACUAGUAACAACAAACACUUGAACACUAUCAAUAUUCGACACGUCGCUAACUCGAUUCGAACUCAUGGAACAGGAAUCAUGAAUACAACAGUCAACUUCACGUAUCAGUUCUUGAGGAAAAAGUUUUAUAUUUUUAGCCAGUUCAUGUACGACGAACAUAUCAAAUCCAGGCUUAUCAAAGACAUCCGAUUCUUCAGGGAAGUCAAGGAUCAAAAUGAUCACAAGUAUCCGUUUGAAAGAGCAGAUAAAUUCAACCGAGGCAUCAGAAAACUUGGAAUAACUCCAGAUGGCCAGAGCUACCUUGACCAGUUCAGACAACUCAUAAGUCAAAUUGGCAAUGCUAUGGGCUACGUAAGAAUGAUAAGAUCUGGUGGUCUUCACUGCUGCAGCAGUGCAAUUAGGUACUUUCUUUGCUUCCUAUUUUUGCUGAUGUUCUUUGAAAAAGUUAUCACCCAUCUUCAUAAAUAUUUGGUUACAUGA